GGGAUCCCAGGAUUUACGGAUGCGCCUUCUCGACGCUCCGUCUGCAUUGGCAUGAUCUUCAGUACACUUCAUCCUAAGCUGUACCGCACAAACCGGCGUAUUUCCUACUAGCAUGGAGUGUACCUACUCGUACUUUCUCUAUGAGCUUGAAGAAGCCACUGCUUCACUCACCUACGACCAAAGCUAGACUGGAGGAGUGAUUUUACCUUCAGUUUUCAAGGUUCAUUCAGGCAUAUUUGAGGGUUCUAGAGGAGUGCAUACCUCGGAGACGCCAACUCAUCUCAAGUCUUGACCAAAAAAAAAGUUGUGAUCCUCUUCUUGAGGCACAGCCUGUUUAAAAGAGUUGGCAAAAUCCCAUUGGUUCGUGUCUUAAGGCACGUCAUUGUUGUCGCCAUUGGGUCAAGAACUAGGAUAGUUGCUAGAGGGUACCAGAAGAUGCGGGUCUUCAUUUUACUGCUUGCCAUUGUGGGUGUUACCACAGCAUGUCGAAGCAAACAAGAUGACGACCGACAACCCGUUUUUGCAUCCGAACACGGCACAGAGCCCCCGGAGCCCACUCACAACAAGCCCAAGUCGGAUGGGACCAAAACCGACUUGGACCCUGAUGAUCCAGACCGAGAACGAGAAGAGGGUGAGUUCCAAGUGGGUUCCCGUUGGGAGUUCCCCGUGGCUCAGACCAAGAAUGGGAACAUGUGGGGUACUAUUGAGGAAUCCAGGGGUGGGAAACGAAUACUGGCCUUCCGAGGGAUUCCAUAUGCCAAGCCCCCUGUGGGUCCCCUUCGGUUCAAGCCCCCAGUUCCAUUUGGAUCUUGGCAAGGCAUGAAAGAGGUCAAAGAAAAUGGACACGUUUGUCCUCAACACAUGUACUACAAACCGGAUAUCUGGAUUGGCAAGGAGGAUUGUUUGUGGUUGAAUGUGUUCACGCGUGAUUUGGUAUUGCGAAAGAAACGACCCGUGGUCGUUUAUAUACACGGUGGCAAUUUCAUUCGUGGAUCCGCUUCGGAGUAUGAACCGGAUUAUCUCAUGGAUGAAGAUGUGGUUUUGGUUGUGAUUCAAUACCGCCUGGGAAUGUUCGGUUUCCUGUCCACCGAAGAUGAACACGCCGGCGGAAACUACGGCAUGUUCGAUCAGUUAUCCGCUUUACAAUGGGUGAAGAAUCAUAUUGAAGCCUUUUCCGGGGAUCCUCAGAAGGUGACCAUCAUGGGUCAACAAGCCGGAGGUGCUUCCGUUCAUUAUCACAUGCUCUCGCCUUUGUCCAGAGGGUUGUUCAACCAAGCCAUCUCGUUGUCAGGAACAGCUCUUUGUUGGUGGGCGAGUAUAAAGAGACCAUUGGAAAAAGCUCGAAAAAUGGGCCGACUCCUCGAAUGUCCCGGAUAUAAGGACGAUCCCAAGCAGCUUGUCGAGUGCCUCCGAGGCAAGUCCAUGGAACAACUCAUGAACACCCAUCCGAACUUUUAUGAAUGGCGCCAUUUGGAGCAAUGCCAAGAGCCAGUGGCAGCUUGGUCUCCUCGGGUGGACCCCGAGGCUCAACUCUCGUUCCUGCCUCAAGAGCCGAUUGACUACAUGACGUCGGGUAAUUUCCAACACAUCCCGUGGAUCACGGGCCUUACCGAUGACGAAGGUGCUUUCCGGGCUUCAGCCUUUUUCACCGAUAUGUCGGCAGUUCGCGAGUUUGAGGACCAAUUCGAGAAGCUGGGGCCAUUCAUGUUCGGUCUGCAUGAUGGACAGACCGAAGCGCCCAAGAUCAACUCACAAAAGAUCCGAGAGUAUUACUGGGGCGACAAGCCACUGGACAAAGACAAUGCCAAGGCUCUGGUGAACGCCAUUUCGGAUUCCAGCUAUUCCCACCCAAUCGACACGGCUAGUAAGAUCCACGCCAUGAAGAGUCUGGCGCCGGUGUUUGUCUAUCAUUUUGGCUAUCACGGAGUGAACUCACUGACCCAACUGGACGUCAAUACCUACCCACCCAAAGUUGUGAACAAGGACAUCUCGUUUGGUGUUGGCAACGGAGACGAUCUCAUGUACUUGUUCCCUAUUCUGUCGGGGACUUUCCGUCCUCUACCUCAUGAUGAUUUGAUAUUUUCGCAAAGAUUCAUCCAGCUCCUGAUGAAUUUUGCUCGCGAAGGGAAACCUUUUAUCAAAAUGGGCGAGGAGGUCGAAGAUUUCGUCUGGAACCAAGUGACCGCUUCCAAUGCCACUCAUCUGGAUAUUGGUAAUGAAAUGAAGAUGGAUAUGGGCCUACCUAAUCACGAGCGAAUGAACUUUUGGCAACAAAUGCCCGUGUACUGGAACUCUAACCGGGAGGCAUAUCGCCCUGCUCCGCCUUUGGAAUGGAAGAGCGACGAGCUUUGAGCAAAACCUGUACUCAAUAUUUGAGAAAUAAACGUGAUAAAACGUU